GGAGGCUCAUACUUUCACACUAAACCGCACACAUGCACCGGAGACGUGCAAAACGCUGGAGACCUGGCAGACCGCAGAGACGUUUGUUUUUGUAACUUUUCUCUGGUUGAAGCGACUCUUCGUUACUUUUCUGGCUCAGGAUCCCUGCUCUCCUCACUUUUAUUCCGGUUUUACGCGCCGCUAAGUUGGAUCAAACUCACUGGCAACUUUUGCGCACUCGUUUUUUUUAUUUUCCCUGCUGAAAUGAUUCAUUCUAAAGAAGGAAGAGGAGGAUGAUGGUGUGCCACCUCUUCCUACCUCAAAACACGUGAAGCAGCAGCAGCGUCGCGUCCGGGAGGCUCCAGCCAGCAUGACUCUGUCCGGCGGCUUUUCGGAUACUUGUCAGCUGGUUUUACGCGACCGCAUGGAGACGGAGCUGUGGAAAUAGGACCUGCUGCAUGCUUUCUGUGUUGGGGGGAAAAGUUGUUGCAAACACGCUGCAGAGUCUGGAGAGCUACGAUGCGGGACACUUUGAGCGCAGUCAUCCAGUUGUGUGUGAUUCUGUUGGUCAGAGCAGAGCAGUGGAGGUUGAAGGACUCCCACAGCUGCGAGCUGAACAGGAAACAAACCGACCUAAAUUCUUUCCUGUGGACGAUCAAACGGGACCCCCCCUCAUAUUUCUAUGGCACAAUCCACGUUCCUUACACACGCGUUUGGGAUUUCAUCCCAGAAAAUUCCAAGCAGGCCUUCCAGGAGAGCCACAUUGUGUACUUUGAGUUGGACUUGACAGACCCUUACACUAUCUCAGCCCUGACCAGCUGCCAGCUGCUCCCUCAGGGUGAAAACCUGCAGGACGUCCUGCCCAGAGACAUCUACAGGAGACUUAAAAGACACCUAGAGUACGUCAAACUCAUGAUGCCUUCUUGGAUGACACCAGAUCAGAGAGGGAAGGGGCUCUACGCCGACUACCUCUUCAAUGCUAUUGCGGGGAACUGGGAGCGGAAGCGGCCCGUUUGGGUGAUGCUGAUGGUGAACUCAUUAACAGAGGCAGACAUCAAGACACGGGGGGUGCCAGUGCUAGACCUGUAUCUGGCUCAGGAAGCAGAGAGGAUGAGGAAGAAGACAGGGGCAGUUGAAAAAGUCGAAGAGCAAUGUCACCCGCUCAACGGGCUCAAUUUCUCCCAGGUGAUCUUUGCCCUGAACCAGACAUUGUUGCAGCAGGAGUCUAUGAGAGCAGGGAGCCUGCAGGUCCCGUACACGACCGAGGACCUCAUCAGGCACUACAACUGUGGGGAUCUCAACUCCAUCAUCUUUAAUCACGAUACGUCACAGGUCCCCAACUUCAAUAAUGUGACACUGCCACCCAGCGAGCAGGAGACUGCCCAGGAAAUAGACAGCUACUUCCGACAAGAGCUCAUUUACAAAAGGAAUGAGAGGAUGGGCAAGAGGGUCUGGGCUCUGCUCGAGGAACACCCAGAAAAGAGCUUCUUCUUUGCCUUUGGUGCAGGUCAUUUUCUUGGCAACAACACAGUCAUCGAUGUCCUUCGUCGCCAAGGUUACGAUGUGGAGCACACCCCUGCAGGACAGCCCAUAAGAAGGAGAUUAUCUUCCAGACCUGCUUCUCCAGUGUUGGAGGACCACCACGAUGAAUCCCCUCUCCUGGAGCCUUUCCUCCAUGAGCUCCCACACAAGGCUGAGGAUGAGGGGCAUCGCCAGGAGGAGGAUCUUUUACCACACAUGCUCCUUCCACCAGAUAGCUUGGAUCUGCUGGAGAAAGCUCAAAGGAAAAUGCUGAAAAAAAAGAGGCGAAAUAAGCAGAAGAAACAACGGAACCGACACUUUAAUGACCUCUGGGUGCGCAUAGAGGAGAGCUCUAUGGUGCAAUCUCCGCCUCCCCCGCUGGUUCGCAUCAUCAACGGUUACAUCACAGUGCAGCCUCCAAAUAAAGUCCACAACCAUCAUCCCACCACGUCUGCGGCACACAUCUCUUCCUCACCAGUUUUACUCAUCUUCCUCCCCACAUUGUUAAACGUGAUCCCACACAUCAGGACUGCAGUCCUCUAGCAGGAAAUAGUUUGGGACGAGUCAGUCUUUUAACUUUAAACUCAGACAGAUGAUAGUUUUACAUCAUUCUGUGAAACCUGAAGAGGGGCUUCAAAACUUGUGGAGACAUUCUGUUGGAUUGUUUAUUUCAGGAAUGUUUGUUUGAAUAAAGUUUGUUGUUGGAAGUGAAAGUGAACGGAGGCCUUGAUGAGCAAUAAUAAACCAACAUAUCUUGUUGGAACACGUAGGUUUGAGUUUGAUGAACACACAAAAUAAUAGGAGAAAUAAGGAAAGGAAAAAAAGGCAUGUUUUGUUCUGUUGUUGGGCUAUUUUUACCAUUUUGAAGUGUGUUUUUGUGUAAAAAUCUAAAAUGUAAUCUCAUCUAACACUUCCUGAAAUUCCUCUGCUCAUAGAAAUCAAGCUAAUGGCUAGUUCAGUUGCAUCUGUAGUAAAAUGUAAAACUUCUGUGUAAUCAGGUCGCGUGGCUGCAUGGAAGCUUUUGACACUGAAGCUAAAAUUUCCAAAAUCUUCCUAAAAACACACUUCAAAAUGUUCUUUUUCCAGUGAAAGCAAACAUAAGUUUUACUAAAACCAAUGUUGAUAAAAAAAAUUUUUAAAACAACAACUUGAAUCAGAUUGUGUGUGUGUGCGUGCGUGCGUGCGUGUGUGUGAUUGUCUCUCAGUCCUUACAUCCUUUUAUUCCAAACAGGAACGUAUUUCAAAACGUAAUUUAUUAUUUCAUUUAUAAACAACGUUUUUAUGCUGCAUUGGGAAAAUUGGGGAAAUUGUAAAUACUGUUAAAAAUGUUAUAGAUGUAUUUUAGAAUUGUAAAAUGUAUAAUUAUCAAAUGCAUUGUUGUUUAUAUAAAUAUAUAAAUAGACACGCAGCAUAUUUUUGGAAGAAAGAGGAAUUAACCACCGUAGUCCGAGUCGGGUGUUUAACUGUAAUUAAAGUUCUGAUUGGAACAUUUGAUUGUAUUUAACUCUUUUUUUUUAUCAGUGUUAUCAUCUCGUGUUUUAUUUCUGAAUUUUAUUUUUCAUUAUUAUUGUGUAUUUUUCACUACAAGGUUGCUUGUUUAAAUUAUUUAACUAUCUUAGUUUUCUGUAAACCACAUGGAUCAUUUAGUGGUUUUUUAUAAAUGCCAUUUUUGUAUUACAAUAUUCAAAUGUGUAUUUUUAAAAAUAUUUUGGUAAUAGCCAAAAAGAUGGUUUUAAAUACAGAAAGAUUUUUAAGGUAGUCAGUGUACAGCUUAGUAUUUUAGGUCAUUUAUUUUUCAUUCAUGGCAUGAAUGAUGAAUGUAGCAUUGAUAAUAAAAUAUUUAUAAAGGU